CUCUCGGGCAGACGCUGUAUGUCAGUCCGUCCGUCUGGAGUACCGUGAGCUGGCACACUCUCUCGGCUCAGUAUGACUUCCUUCAUGUCGCCUGGGCACGGUCCACACUGCGCAGGAAGUUGUACAGAUAGCCGUCUAUAUAACCUCCCCGAUCCGGCCGAAGACGUUCGAGGAUAUCUUUUACACUUCCUUGUGACCACUUUCGGUCGAGCACUGCGCAUCUACACAGCGAUGGCUGUAGGUAGGACGUGCUCUAGGAUUGCACCUGUCCGCUGGGUAGUGUGAUGUGCUACACUUGUCUACUCUACAGCGUUACUCAGAAAGCGCAGGACAUAUUUCGUACUCGCCAAACGGAUGGCGCGUUGGCUGUAUCUUAUCUCGGAAGACAGACGAGCUUGUACAAAGAGGUGGUGCGUUG